CUUGCAAGAGCUCUUCUGAGCAGCGCUUUACGAUCAUUUCAUCCUUUCCCUCAUCAGAUCUCGCCUUCCCUCCCUCUAAGCCUGAGGAAAUUUUCCUCCAUGAUUGUGAUUUUGUGCCGUGGUUUUUUAUUUUUCUGGGAAAAUUUUCCACAAGUUGCUUGAUUUUCGGACAGGCUCCGUUAAUUCCUGUUUCAGGUGCGUCGUCGGGACCAACCCUCCGGCCAAUCUGCGGGAAUGAUCAUGUUGCCACACCCUAGGUCGAGAAUUCGAAUUCGUUUGUUUGCACGAACAAUAAACCCGUAUGUGCAUAAUUCUGAAAUUCUUGUGGAUUUGAGCUACUGUGGAGUGUUAAGGGACAUGUUCUUCGACAGUUUCCUUAAGAUUUGAUGUGGGGGUGGGGGAAUGUGUUGUGGGUUUGAGCCAUUUUGGCUGGCUCUGUUGAAUUCCUCGGGGGAAAUUUUCUGAUAAUCCUCGUAAGCGUUCCAGAGAAAAGCUUGUGACGACCAAGAAGUGAGUGUAGAAACAUGAGUCAACCAAAGGUCAAACGUAGGGUCGGAAAAUACGAGGUGGGGAGAACGAUCGGUGAAGGUACGUUUGCAAAGGUGAGGUAUGCUCGGAAUUCCGAGACAGGAGAGGCUGUGGCUCUGAAAAUCCUUGACAAGGAGAAAGUUCUGAAGCAUAAGAUGGCUGAACAGAUAAGGAGAGAAAUCUCAACUAUGAAGCUUAUAACCCAUCCCAAUGUAGUUCGACUGUACGAGGUUUUGGCAAGCAAAACAAAGAUAUACAUUGUCCUAGAGUUUGUAACUGGUGGAGAGCUCUUUGACAAAAUUGUAAAUCACGGGCGAAUGAAAGAAGAGGAAGCACGGAGAUAUUUCCAGCAGCUUAUCAAUGCAGUUGAUUACUGCCACAGCAGAGGUGUUUACCACAGAGACCUAAAGCCCGAGAACUUGCUUUUAGAUGCUCACGGAAACCUGAAAGUCUCCGAUUUUGGUUUGAGUGCCUUCUCCCAACAAGUCAGGGAUGAUGGUCUUCUUCAUACUGCAUGUGGAACUCCGAACUAUGCUGCUCCCGAGGUUCUUAAUGAUCAAGGUUAUGAUGGGGCAACGGCAGAUUUGUGGUCUUGUGGAGUCAUACUGUUUGUACUACUUGCAGGGUAUUUACCUUUCGAUGACUCUAAUCUCAUGACUCUCUACAAAAAGAUCUCAGCUGCUGAGUUCAACUGUCCUCCAUGGCUAUCUUCUGGUGCUAAGAAGCUGAUUUCUCGAAUCUUGGAUCCAAACCCCAUGACUCGUAUCACAAUACCCGAGAUCUUGGAAGAUGUGUGGUUUAAGAAAGGUUACAAACCGGCCGUGUUCGAGGAGAAGGAAGAUGCAAACUUGGAUGAUGUGGAAGCUGUUUUUAAAGAUUCAGAAGAGCAUCAUGUUACAGAGAAGAAAGAAGUGCAGCCAGCCUCUAUGAAUGCCUUUGAGUUGAUAUCGAUGUCGAAAGCUCUGGAUCUCGGGAAUUUAUUCGAAGAAGAAGCAGGAUUCAAGCGGGAAACGAGGUUUGCAGCUAAAUGCCCUGCAAAUGAACUAGUAAACAAGAUCGAAGAAGCUGCCAAACCACUCGGUUUCGAUGUCCAAAAGAAGAACUACAAGAUGAGGCUAGAAAACUUGAAAGUCGGAAGGAAAGGAAACCUCAAAGUGGCCACCGAGAUAUUUCAAGUAGCACCAUCUCUUCAUAUGGUUGAAGUCCGAAAAGCUAAAGGGGAUACCUUGGAAUUCCACAAGUUCUACAAGAACUUGUCGACGUCACUUACCGACGUGGUUUGGAAAACCGACGAAAGCUCCGGCGAAAGCAAGUGAAACCCGGCCAGGCAUUCUCAGAAGACAAAAGACUACAUUCAUGUUUUUUUUUUUAUUACAAACUGCUGGGAUGGAUGUAUUAUCACAUGGGAUUUUUCCAAGGAUUUGUUUUAUUUUUAUUUUUCUGUAUUUGUUUUUAAUAAAUCGUGAGAUUCCAAGGCAUAAGUUGUUAUGUAUAUUGUAUUUUACUUUUUUU